AUGAGGUCCAUGAUUGUUACCUGGGUCUUAGCUAUGGUGUUCCUUAUACGUUUUAGCUCUGGCAUAACAGUGCGUUUAAAGUACAGCACCAGUGACGUCAUAAACCAAACACCACCUGAUUACGUCAACAUAACCGUUGUCAUCAGCGUUAACACAACAGCCGAACUUCGCAUGCAGCGUGUUCCUUAUAUCCGUCUAGACACGCCGGUCUAUACAUUGACAACUGACAAAGAUGGACGCCCGAUUCCUGCUAGAGAGUUUGUCGUCAUUCCUGAAAAUAUGGGCUACUAUCAGGACGUAGAAGGUAACGCCGCCCUACAGAUUGAAAGAAUAGAUGGAUCCACGGACAAUGACACUCGACUUUCACUGAGAGGUACUUUUACUCACGACGGCGUGGUCUACACGCUCUCACCUACUGCACGUGCUGAGCGAGACGUGUCCACACAGUUUGAACAUUUCGACCUUCAGGAGCUCAAGCCUUAUCCUGCUAACGCUUUUGAUUACGUGGUGCCCAAAAAAAACACAGACGUCGCAAAAGGCAUCAAUAUAAAUAAUCCAACAUUUAUUCCCCCAUUAACCAAUCGUCGCCGUAAACGCCAGACAAAACCCGACUACUACAUUGACGUGGUUGCUAUGGUAGACUUUGGCUGCUGGAAGAUCUUCCUGGCUAAAGCCACGGGUGUGAGAGAUGACGCCAUCAGAAACAUACAGAAAUAUUUUUCUUUGAUUUUCAAUGGGGUUGAUAGCAUGUAUCAUAGCAUAACUACAACCAACUUCAUUCUUAACGUUAGACUGAAAAAAAUCAUUAUCUGUGAGACCUCCGAUGCAUCACCAUUCACAAACAAUGCGACAACACUUGCUGAAAACUAUGUGGACAGCUAUGCUGGACUGAAUAUUUUGGCUGACUACGUUAAGACCAACGAAGGGUCUCUGUUUAUACCAUAUGACCACGUCAUGUUGUUUAUCGGCUACAACUUAACCGAUUCUAAUCGCAAUGCCGAUCUACUAGGUCUUGCUUAUGUGGGUACUACGUGUAAUGCUGGUGGUUUGAGCACUUCAGUUGUUGAAGAAAUGGGGGUUUACUCUUCCAUACAUACAGCAGCACACGAGCUAGGACAUGGAACAAUUUAUCACUAA